UACCAAUUCAUAUUCCAGGUUCCUUCAAUAAGCCCAAAAAUCAAAAGAAUACCCACUUCUCUAUAUUACCAUUACCAAUACCACCUAGCUUUCCUGCGUUUUCCUCUACCAGUCUACAUUCUUCCUUGAAAAACCGUAUCUCAUCCAAUAUGUAUCCACCAAAGCUGCAGCUGCUUCCAAAGCUUCAUUCAGGCAGGGAGAUGUCCGCUGUGGCAGGGGACAUGAAAGCCAGGGCUGAGGUUUAUUAUGGAGAUGAGAGUUGUAGAGAGAAAUUCAUGUUGCUGCUGAGCGAGAUAGGCCUACCAAAUGGACUCUUGACCAUAGGAGAGAUAGAGGAAUGCGGGUAUGUUAAGGAUACAGGCUUUGUUUGGCUCAGGCACAAGAAGAGAGAUUAUCGGAAGUUUGAGAAUGUAGAAAUCUGUUGUGACGCUGAAAUCACUGCAUAUUUUGAACGAAACAAGAUCAAGAAGUUGACUGGCGUUAAAGCUAAGGAGUUCCUGAUUUGGAUCACCUUGAGCGAGAUUUAUGUCAAUCAUAACAACCGAGCUGCUUCAAUUACCUUCAAGACGCCAGCAGGUCUGUCCAAAUCCUUUCCACUAUCAAUCUUCAAAUUUGAAGCUAUUAUGGCUCAAGAGGAUGUCAAGGAAGUUGAAGGGGGUGAAAUUAAUUGUAAAUAGAAAAAGGAAAAUGUCAAUUACUAAUUUUAAAAUUUAGCUUCUGGGACUCUUAAUUUCAUCCUUAAUUAUGGCUUAUUGCACUAAUGAUUGUUCAGUGUAUAGUGUUUUAAGAUUAAUGGUAAAUGCAAGUACUAAAAUAAUAGCAUUUUUUAGAAAGAUCAAUUUGUUAGAUUAACAUGCAUAAAGAUUGGAGGAUAUGCUUACAUAUGCAUGUUCCCUAAGAAUAUGCCUUUCU